AAUUUGAUAAAAUCAGACGGAAAAUGGUGAACAAAAUUGUUUUUGUCGCGUUCCUGAUGCUGGCCUGUGCAGUCGACCUCUAUUCGUGUAUACCUGUUAGCAGGAACGAUCCAGUAAUCGUAACCAGAGCACAAUGGGGUGCGCAGCCGGCUCGCGGCUUCACCAACCUGAACACACCUGUACCCCUCGUGGUGAUCCAUCAUAGCAGCGUCCCCGGCGCAUGCUUCAACCAGAACGCCUGCAGUCAAGCCAUGCGCAGCAUGCAGAACACGCACCAGAACGUCAACGGAUGGGUCGACAUUGGAUACAAUUUCGCAGUAGGCAGUGACGGCUUGGUUUACGAAGGUCGAGGGUGGAACCGGGUUGGAGCUCACGCCGCGCCUCACAACAGCAACAGUAUCGGCAUCGUACUCAUUGGACACUGGGUUUCGGCGACCCCCCCUGCUUUGCAACUGCAGACGACUCAACGGCUCAUCGCAUUGGGCGUGCGGCUCGGCUUCAUCCGCCCACAAUACUCGCUAAUAGGCCACCGACAAGUGAGCGCUACCGAGUGCCCCGGCCAAGCUCUCUUCAAUCAAAUUUCAAGAUGGCCGAACUUCACCCCCAAUUUUCAGUUUGAAGAAAAUGAUGUUUAAUGAAAACGAUUAAGCUUA